GCCGUCAAAGCGCUCAUCAUGGGCAGCAUCAUAGUGGCCGCGGUGCUCGGCAACGCGCUUGUCAUCAUCAGCGUGAUACGCCACCGCAAGCUGCGCAUCAUCACCAACUACUACGUCGUCUCGCUGGCGCUGGCCGACCUACUGGUCGCACUGUGCGCCAUGACUUUCAACGCCAGCGUUGAGCUCACGGGCGGCACCUGGCUCUUCGGCUACUUCAUGUGCGACGUGUGGAACUCGCUCGACGUCUACUUCUCGACGGCGUCGAUCCUCCACCUGUGCUGCAUCAGCGUGGAUCGCUACUACGCCAUCGUGCGCCCGCUCGAGUACCCGGUCACGAUGACGCAGCGCACCGUCGGCCUGAUGCUGGCCAACGUGUGGCUGCUGCCGGCGCUCAUCUCCUUCACGCCCAUCUUCCUCGGCUGGUACACCACCCCGGAGCACCAGGACUUCCGCCGGUCCAACCCGGAAGUGUGCAUCUUCGUGGUGAACCGCGCCUACGCCAUAAUCUCCUCCAGCGUGUCGUUCUGGGUGCCCGCGGUGGUGAUGGUGACCAUGUACUACCGCAUCUACAAGGAAGCGGUGCGGCAGCGCAAGGCGUUGUCGCGCACCUCUAGCAACAUCCUGCUGAACAGCAUCCACGCGCACCGCACCAGCCACCGCAGCCGCGCCGCCGCCAUCGCCGCCGCCGCUGCAGCCACGACGGACCCAGCUCAGCAGCAACAGCAGCAGCAGCACCUACUGCACCCCAGCGACGGAGACGUCCAGCCGCCCAGUAGCAGGCAGUCCUCUGCUGGCUCGCAGAAAGCGCUCGCACCUGCCGAGAUCAACCUUAACGUCAAGUUUCACCAAUUUCUUAAUUGUUUUUGGCUGACGCUAAGCUUUGGAUCAGUGGCACUCGGGACGUUAGAAGAUGCAGCAAGAAAAAGGAAAGUCAGUCUGGAGAUGCGCGCCGCCUCGGUUCAGAGGCUGGCGCGCUCAUUAGGCUGCCGUAGGCCUGACAGCGGAGGUUACACGAGUGGGCGAGCCUGCGGCGACCUACAGCUUGCUGCCCGGCCACUGCGCAUGCGCCGAUCAGCGAAUUAG